AUGUUUGAAGGUAACUUUGCAGAGGCAAGUCAGCAGGUAGCGACCCUGGAGGAAGUGGAAGGGGUGGUCUCGGUGCGGAGCUUGGAAGCACUCAUACAGUGGAUGUACCUGCACAGAAUCCAGUUCGAUUGCGAAGGCCCAGAAGAUCAAAUAUCGGCUACGAUAGAGCUUGCCAGACUUGCAGAUAUGUGCAAUAUUACGGGGAUGGAAUCACAAAUGGCUCAGUUUAUCAAGGCUAUACUUGUUGCCAAUCCUGAUCCUCGAGGCAGCGACUUCCUUGAACGACACAUCGAUACUAAUACCUAUUGCCUCACACAUCAACAUAUCAUCUGGGCUACCUUUUUGCCUCCAGGACAUUUAGUGCAUCGUAUCAUUGCGGCAGCGUCGGUUGAAGGUUAUCUUCGAAGCAAAAACUACAAAUUUGUGCAGGAAACCCUGGAAUACCCCAUCUUCGGAGCUGACCUACUUCAAGAAGUAAGGUCAACACUAGAUGGGCGCAAGGUCACUAAGGGGGAGGCCAAACUUGACGACCCUAUCAGCGGAACGGAAAUAAGUAUCAACUCUGCUUCGGAUUCCUAG